GGCUGAUAAGAGCUUAUGAAGGUGAGGAAAAAACUCUGUCUGCGUGUCUUGCCGUUGAUCCGACCCACCAUCCAAUUCUCUCCCAUCAGUUGCCGGAGAAAGGACGUGACACCGUGCCAUAUAUUAAGACGCUCGCUGUCGAAGCUUGUCUCGGAAAGUCAACACCAUCCAGGCCAAUUCGAUUGACUUCCCUUCUCUUGCUCUUUUCUCCUUUUGACACCAGACGGGUUCCAUGGUGACUUCUGUCGCCCGUAUGAGACGCCGCCCAUUUUCCACCACGUGUAUCCUUCAUCGGACCAUGAGACUAAUGGUCCAAUAACACUGGGUGAGGAGGUGGCUGUCCGUGGAUCGUCCACUAAGACACCAUUAUACAUUUUACGACCAGCUGUCCAAAGGAACAGACGUUGUCCUCUCGGGCAGCGUUGACUGAGCGCAUCCGGCUUGUCUCGGGUGUGAAGGCUCACUCAUCGUCCACCACAAUCUCUGGAUCCUGCAACAUCGCCUGACUAAGUCGAUACGGUCCUGCUGUGGCUCUUUGCAGAAGAGGGAAGAUCAACUCGAGAACGUGAGGGGAGAACUACACAAAAAGUCAUAUCGUGUUGCGAUCGUGGUGGUUUGGGGAGGGCCAUUCCUCGCACAGUCAUGCCGACCUUGUCCCUCUCCAACUUCAAUAUUGUGUGUGCCGUCCUCGGAGGAUUCAUCACCGUCUUUGGCCUUGUUAGUUACUUGUUCAAGGAGCGCUUCUAUCUUUCCGAAGCACUGAUUUCUCUCGUGGCUGGCAUCAUCUUCUCUCCUAAUGCCACCGACUUGAUUAAACCUCUCGAGUACGCCGCGGGCUCCGAAGACAACCUCGAUUAUAUCACCCUCUAUUUCACCCGUCUCGUGCUAGGCGUUCAACUGGUGCUUGCCGGCGUCCAGCUACCGAGCAGGUACCUCUACACGGAAUGGAAGCCUCUGGCAUUGCUCCUCGGGCCCGGAAUGUGUGGCAUGUGGAUGUGUGCCAGUCUCCUUGUGUGGGCGAUGGUCCCGCACCUGAGUUUCCUUCAUGCCCUUGCCAUCGGAGCAUGUGUCACCCCGACCGAUCCCGUGCUGUCCAACUCUAUCGUCAAGGGCAAGUUUGCGGACAAGAACAUUCCCAAACCAUUACAGAAGAUCAUCAUUGCAGAGUCAGGCGCCAACGACGGCCUGGGAUACCCCUUCUUAUUCCUGGCGCUCUAUUUGAUUAAGUAUACCGAACAUGGAGGCGCAGGCCAACCCGGCGGAGCAGCUAAAGCUAUGGGAUACUGGUUCGGCGAGACGUGGGGAUACACAAUUUUGUUGAGCGUGGUUUAUGGCGCUGUCGUGGGCUGGCUUGCAAAGGAACUCUUGCACUUUUCCGAGGAGAGGAAGUUUGUAGACCGCGAGAGUUUCCUUGUCUUUGCCAUCACGCUUGCGCUCUUCAUUACCGGCACUUGUGGGAUGGUUGGUUCGGAUGAUGUCCUGGCUUGCUUUAUUGCUGGGAAUGUGUUUACCUGGGACGACUGGUUCCGGCUCGAAACUCAAGACGACUCUCUUCAACCGACGAUUGACAUGUUACUUAACAUCUCGGUCUUCCUCUGGUUCGGCGCCAUCUGCCCCUGGGCAUCAUUUCGAGAUAACCAUGUCAUUCCGAUCUAUCGACUAAUCCCAUUAGGAAUUUUGAUUCUGCUCUUCCGCCGAGUCCCCGUUGUAUUUGCCAUGCACAAAAAGAUCCACCAGAUCGAGGAAUUCCAGCAGGCUGCAUUCGUGGGCUUCUUCGGCCCCAUCGGGGUGUCGGCCAUAUUCUAUCUCUAUGUCAGCAUUGAUUUUCUACGGCAGGUCACGGUUGACGGGAGGGUGCGUGAGGAUGCAGUACGGCUCGAAGAAGUCAUGAGGGUGGUGAUUUGGUUUUUGGCUAUCUGCAGUAUUGUCGUUCACGGUCUUUCGAUUCCCCUGGGCAAGUUGGGCUAUCAUCUUCCACGGACCAUGUCUCAGGCUCUCAGCAGCGAGAGGGAGGACGACGAACCAGAUAUCCACAUGGGACCGUCGCCUCAUCGCAGAUCGACGAGUCAACUGCGGUAUAGGAAAGGCAAUGGCCACAGGGACAGGUCUCGCCGCCCAAGUCCCGCAGCUUUUAUGAUCGGGCAAGGAAAUACGACAAGAUCGACCACCAUGGACCUGGAGAGUGCCCAGGAGCCCGCUCGACCGGUCCGCAUUAUUGAAGAUACACCAAGCGGAGGGUCCCCCGUGAUUGUGGCGACGACUUUGGGACAGCGAGCAGAUGCCGGAGAGCGGGUUGAGAACGGCGGAAGAGAGCUAGCGGAGUCGAAGCCUGCUGGAGAAAUGAAAACAGGAGAGGAGGUGAAGCAGGACUGAAUCAAAGAGCAAGGCCUGUUAAGACUAUGAUCUCCUGUGGCGUUCUGGAAAGGCGCUCCUUGUUGCAGUUUUGGAGGGCAACUGUACCAAAUGAGGAAAAUAGAACUGUCGGAAUAGCCGUCCCAACAUUCGUUGUCAAGGAGGGUGCUCAAUAGAACUCGUUGCUUGCUCAAGGAGUCAUUGGGCGGAAGAAUGAGAUGCCCACCUCCCGA